AUGGAUCUCCAUUUGUUCAAGGCAGCAGUUGAAGGCAACGUCGAACCCUUCAGCGGCAACCAUCAAAAUCUUGAACAAGUAGUAACACACUUAAGAGACACCAUUUUGCAUGUCAACAUCAAGUGCCAAAAUGAAGCAAUGGCGUCCACCAUAUUCGUUGAUCAAAUACUCACCAGAUGCCCAUCACUUUCAUUGCAAGUCAAUGCCAAUGGCGAUACUCCCCUUCACGUUGCAGCUAAAUGCGGGAACUCGACUAUGGUGGAAGUUCUUUUUAGGCAUUCAAAGGCUCAACCUGGAACCUCACAGAGUGGCGGGUUGAAUCCUGUGUGGGAGAUGUUGAAGAUGACUAAUAAGGAAGAAAACGCAGCGUUGCAUGAGGCAGUGCAGUAUGGAAGCUUGGAAGUGGUGAAGGUUUUAACGAGAGAAGGUGAUCCUGAUUUUUCUUACUCUGCUAAUAGUUAUGGGGAAACCCCACUUUACCUUGCUGCAGCUAGAGGAUCUCCGGAGAUGGUGGUUGCAAUAUUAGGAAGCUGCAGAGCGGUGGCCCACGAAGGACCCGGUGGAAAGACAGCUUUGCACGCGGCAGCCAUGAGCAGAAAUUCUGGAACCGCGAGAGAAAUACUAGAGAAAAAAAAGUGUUUGACAAAAGAAACGGACCAAUAUGGGUGGACUCCACUUCAUUAUGCUGCAUAUUACAAUCUUACUUUAAAUACAGAAGUCUUAUUAGAAUUUGAUGAAUCUGCUGCAUUCAUACCUGACAAGGAUCGUAAAAUGACACCUCUUCAUGUGGCUAGCAGUCAAGGGUGUCUAAAGGUAAUAGAAAAAAUUCUUCUUCAUUCUCCACAAUGUUAUGAACUGGUGGAUAAUAGAGGUUGGAAUUUCCUUCACUUUGCUAUGGUGAGUUUGCAUGAAAAAGAUGUGGAUGUUCUCCAACAAAAUCCACUAGUUAGGAGUCUUAUACAUCAUAAGGAUGCCAAGGGGAACACUCCUCUCCAUGUUCUUGCAGCUUCAAAACGAAAUUAUUCAUUCGAGCUCAACAGUAUCAACUUGAAGCAUAAAAGCAGCCUUCGGGUUAUCAAUAGGCAAAAUAUUAGUGUCGAACAUAUAUUGAGCUAUGGCUUUCCAGAGCUUGAGCAAGAAAUUCAAGCAUUGACCCAAGAGGUUUGCAAUGGACAACGUCCAAGAGGUGUUAUCUGUAGUAGCAGAGAACCCCUCAGUGAAGAUUUACUUGGAGUGGAGAAAGCAAGAGAACCGCAUUUGGUAGUGGCUGCGCUCAUAGCAACAGUAACCUUCGCGGCAGGUUUCACCAUGCCUGGUGGUUACCAAAGCGAAAAAGGUCAGGAUCAAGGUACUGCAAUCCUAAGUAGAAAGUCAGCUUUUCAAUUUUUUAUUGUAGCGGAUUCCAUCGCCAUGAGCCUCUCUGUUUCUUCUGUCUUUAUUCACUUUGUCAUGUCGUUAAAGUUUCUCCAAAACUUAGUGUCUCUCUUCUUUAUUGCACAUUACCUUACCGUGUUUGCCAUGGUAGCAAUGGUGUUUGCUUUCAUUAGUGGCACUUGGGCUGUUUUGCCACCCUCUGUGGGGCUUGGUACUGCCAUUAUGUUUAUUUGCUUAAACCCCAUCGCCCUUGUGUCAGCCUUAGCCAUGAGGGAGAAAGAAGCCAACGACGAGGCGAGGAAACAAAAGUUACUUAACAUGUAG